AUGAUGCUGAGGCCGAUCCGCAUGGUGCCCCACGCCGGAUGCACCGUUGCUAUUGUGUUCCGGAGCCUGGGCAAACACAACUCACAACGCGCAACCCAAGAUUGUGGACGUCGAUCAACUGCAAGCCACGGCGUCGCGGAAGCUAUGCGGUCGGAAAUUGGUAGCCAACAGUCAUCCGCAGAUCGAGUGAGAGCCAGCGACAGCCAGCGGGUCAAUUUCCUGCUUCUUACGAAACACUCUCGUCGCGACCUCUCGACAUAUGCUGUGCUUUGCUUGGCCUCGAUCCAGGCUGCUGCUGCUGCUGCUGCUGCUGCUGCUUCUGUUGUCGCUUCUGCUUCUGCUUCUGCUUCUGCAGAGACACCAGCCCUACUGGGUUGAAUUGCCGCCGCCACCUGCACAUCAAACUUCACUGCAGAUUGUAUGACUCCUUCGCCUUCAGUCCGGGGUAGUAAAUGGUAAAAA